AUGAUUGAGCGCUACAAAGGCACCGUGCGGGAUCACAUUGUGAGAGUGAGUGGUGGUCUGUUGAGUCCAGUCUUUACCAAGCAGCCCGGUAGCAUCGUGUUUCCCGUGGACUCCUUGGAGAGGAGCAGGGAGGUGGUGUUUAGCUGUGAGGCCCAGGGUUCUCCGCCUCUUUUCUACAGGUGGAAAUUGAAUGGUACCCUGAUCACUCCUAAAUCAGGAUCGCACCACAGCUUAUCUGGGGGAAACCUAAGGAUCAGCCACCUGAGCAAAGACCAGGAUGCCGGGACCUACCAGUGUCUGGCAUCCAACUCAUUCGGGACCAUUGUGAGUCGAGAAGCCAGCCUAACCUUUGCAUACCUGGAGAACUUCAAAACCCACAAGAGAAGCUCGGUGUCAGUGCGAGAGGGACAGGGAGUUGUGCUUCUGUGUGGCCCACCCCCCCACUCUGGAGCUUUGACCUUCUCCUGGAUUUUUAAUGAAUACCCAUCGUAUGUGAAGCAGGACAACAGACGUUUCAUAUCCCAGGAGACGGGGAACCUCUACAUCGCUAAAGUGGAACCGUCGGACGUGGGCAACUACACUUGUGUGGUGACCAACACCGUCACGAAAACCCGCGUCCAGGGCCCGCCCACUCCCCUUGUGCUUCGCAGUGACGGUGUGAUGGGGGAAUAUGAACCAAAGAUUGAAGUUCAGUUUCCAGGCAUCGUCCAGGUGGCCAAAGGCUCCACAGUGAAACUGGAGUGCUUUGCUUUGGGGAAUCCAGUGCCGGCUAUACACUGGAGACGAGAGGAUGGAAUCCCCUUUUCCCGGAAGGUGGACGUGAGGAAAACCACCGGUGUCCUCGAAAUCCCGUACUUUCAGCAGGAAGAUGCAGGAACAUACGAGUGUGUGGCGGAAAACAGCAAGGGGAGAAACUCCGUGAGAGGAAAGCUCUCUUUCUACGCCCCUCCUCAGCUGAUUGAGAAGCCUGAGGAUGUUCAGAAAGCCAUCGACGACUCCCUGCUCUGGGAGUGUAAGGCCACAGGAAAGCCCAAGCCUUCCUACAGGUGGAUGAAGAAUGGAGAGAACCUGGAACCCACAGAGGCGAGAGUGCAGGUCGUCAAUGGAGCCCUGUCAAUCAGCCGCCUGCUGUUGACCGACGUGGGGAUGUACCAGUGCGUGGCCGGGAACAAACACGGGGAAGUUUACUCCAACGCCGAGCUCAGAGUCAUAGCCACUGCUCCAGAUUUCUCUCAGAGCUCACUGAAGAGCCACACUCUGGUGAAGGAGGGGGCCGACGUGCUUAUCGAAUGCAAGCCUAAGAUGUCUCCUCAGGGCACCAUCUCCUGGAGAAAAGGCAACGAAGCCUUACACCAAUCAAACAGAAUCACCGUUUUGCCCAGCGGAAGCCUGAGGAUAUCCAACGUCUCCAAAUCCGAUGCAGGAGUGUACAGCUGCGUUGCCAGGAACCCGUUUGGAAUGGCUAGCAGUGCUGGGAGUUUACUGGUAAAAGAGCCGACGGUGAUAAUUACUCCUCCGUCCACGCUGGAUGUGACAGUGGGGGAGAGCAUUAUCCUUCCCUGCCAGGUGACUCACGAUCCCUCUCUGGAGCUCAAGUUCACCUGGUUCUUUAACGAACAGCUCAUUCACUUUGGCAGUCACGGCGGAUACUUCGAAAAAGUCGGAGGGCAGCACUCAGCGGGAGACAUCAUGAUCCGGAACGUUCAACUCAGACAUGCGGGGAAAUAUACGUGUGCGGUCCAGACCAAGGUGGACAGCAGCUCCAUCGCUACAGACCUGAUUGUCAGAGGUCCCCCUGGUCCACCCACCGGCAUCCGUGUGGAGGACAUCACUGAUACUACAGCCUCUCUUCACUGGAGGCCUGGGCCAGAUAAUCACAGUCCAAUUACCACAUACACUAUCCAGGCAAGAACACCCUUUUCCCUGGGCUGGCAGGCUGUCACUACAGUGCCUGAGGUGGUGGAGGGCAGUCGUCUCUCUGCUACAGUAAUAGACCUGAGCCCGUGGGUGGAGUACGAGUUUCGAGUGCUGGCCAGCAACGCCGUGGGGACAGGAGAACCCAGCAAACCAUCCAAGCAAGCAAGGACAAAAGAGACACUUCCGAAGGUCACGCCGGCGAACGUCAGCGGAGGAGGUGGCAGUCGUUCGGAAUUAGUCAUCACAUGGGAGCCUGUACCUGAGGAGCUCCAGAACGGGGGAGGCUUCGGGUACGUGGUGGCCUUUCGGCCCUACGGCACCACGGGUUGGAUGCAAGCAGCGGUCCCCUCAGCGGAAGCGUCUAGAUACGUGUUUAAAAAUGAGAGUAUUCAACCCUUCUCCCCGUUCCAAGUCAAAGUGGGAGUUUACAACAACAGAGGGGAGGGUCCGUUUGGACCGCUUGUCAUCAUUUACUCAGCUGAGGAAGAGCCUGGGCGAGCUCCCACCAGAGUUCGAGCCAAGAGUUUGUCGGCGUCCGACGUGGAGGUGUCAUGGAAAGCCCUUCCGUGGAACAGCAAUAAGAAACGAGUUCUCGGCUACGAGGUGAGAUACUGGGAGAAGAAGGAGAAGGAGGACGUGGCCAGCGUGCUGAGGACAGUGGGAAAUCGGACGUCCGCCGUGAUCCAGGGCCUGAGAGGAAGCAGCACGUACUACAUCACGGUUAGAGCGUACAACACGGCCGGCACCGGGCCGCCCAGCGCCGUCGUCAACGUCACCACCAAGAAACCACCUCCAAGUCAGCCUCCAGCCAAAGUAAUGUGGAACACGUCCAACUCCAAGAUCAUCCUGAACUGGGAGCAGGUGAAAGCCCUGGAAAAUGAGUCGGAGGUCAUGGGAUAUAAGGUGCUUUACCAGCGCAACAAAAACAGUCGUCCCAGCGUGAUGGAGACUAACACCACCUCGGUGGAGCUGUCCCUCCCCAUGGAUGAGGAGUACAUCAUUGAGAUCAAACCGUUCGGUGAAGGAGGAGAAGGCAGGAGCAGCCGACAGAUCACCAUCCCUAGAAUAUCAGGUCCUAAUGCGAUUGGCUCCGCUUCCAAGGUUUCCACUUUGUCAGCUCUUAGCACGAUAGCAUUGUCCUUUACAGCACGGACAUCUUUAUGA